UAAUUUAAUUGGGAAAUGUUAAGUCUUUUCAAUAUCUGUUUUAUUUGUUUGAAAAACAACAGAAAAAAAGGAAGUUAUAUUUAUAUUAUAUUUAAAUUAUAAUUAUAUCAGUUAGUUCCAUAUUUUUCAUCGUUUACAUCUAUAUUUUUAAAUAGAAACCGGACUUUAAUCAACCCCUAUAUUUCGGCGAAAUACUAAAUGUAAAAAAUUGACGCGCUUGACAUGCAAUUUUUUCUUCAGUAUGAAAAAUUGAAAAUUUUGUAUAUUAUAUCGUUGUACGUUCGUGCUCAAUAAAUUAAUCAACUAUGAAUAAGAUGCCAAGAUACCCUUCAGAUUGUAAAGUCUAUGUAGGAAACUUAGGAAAUGGUGCAACAAGACGAGAAUUGGAAGAUGCUUUCUCUUAUUAUGGAUCUUUAAGGAAUGUAUGGGUAGCUAGAAACCCACCUGGAUUUGCUUUUGUGGAAUUUGAAGAUGCUAGAGACGCAGAAGAUGCAAUAAGAGGACUUGAUGGGAGAACUAUAUGUGGAAGACGAGCUCGUGUGGAAGCAUCUAAUGGGAGAAGAUUAAGAGAUAGAAGUUAUUUCAGAAGAGGUGUAGGCAAACUAUUUCAUCCUGAAGAUAGGUGUUACGAAUGUGGUGAAAGAGGUCACUAUGCUAGAAAUUGCCAACGACAUAGAAAUACUCGUAAGAAAAGAUCCCACUCCAGGUCUUAUUCACGGUCAAAAUCGCAAUCAAGGUCACGGUCUCGCUCACGUUCGAGGUCAAGAUCAAGAAGCAAGCAUUCACGAUCAUCAUCUCGUAGCCGUUCUCAUAGUAGAAGCGAUUAUACUAAAGAGAAACUUUGUAAUAAACGGCGAUCUGAUUCUAGAGAUCAUAGUCCCAAAUUCAAAUCUGUUUCUAGAUAUCACAGCAAAUAAAACGAUGUAUAUUCUUUA